GGUUAAGUCGAGUUAAGUCCAUUUUGUCACACUGACGUAAUCUUUUGACGAUACUGUCAACCCAAAAUAUGAAUGUUUCGAAGAAAAUCAUAGCCAGAGAUCAUAACCAAAUCACUGUGAUGCUCCUGCCACAUCUUCUAAUGAUACUCCUUCUACUCGGCACUCUCAUCCUACCCGCUUUCACAGCUAACGAAAGCUUCAGAGUCCUAGGAGGCCACGUGUGCAAAAAAGACUACGAAAUCAUGGUGUCGAUACGCGACUCGAAAACCGAGCUGCACACUUGUGGAGGCUCCCUUCUGUCCACCAAAUGGAUCCUCACGGCAGCUCAUUGCUUCGCCAAAGGCGACUACGCGAUCAUCGGCCUCCUACCCACAGAGGACUUGUACAAUUACAAAACCGGCAUGAAAAGCCACCUGACAGGUUGGUAUCCGCACCCUCAGUUCGACGAGAACGACAACAAGGAAGAUAUAGCUCUGGGUCGUUUAGAGCCGGAAGUAGAUCUGGCUGCUCUGCCUCAUGUCAGGUUCGUUUCUCUGCCGCAAUCGCUCGUCACUGUGGAGUUGGCCGAGAUUUGCAAAGACAAAGCCUUGUCGAUGGGCUGGGGCACUACUGAUUUUGACAGGCCGGUAGUGGAACGGAAAAUCAGGUGCGUAGAGUUGCCGGUCAUCACCAAUGCGGAGUGCAAGGAGUUGUAUAAGGAGAACGAUGCAGAUAUAAUGAUAUUCGAUUCGAGUGUUUGUACGUUCAGCAAGAAGGGCUUGGAUACUUGUUCGGGGGAUUCGGGGGGGCCUCUCCUUUGCGGGGGGGUGCAGUACGGGGUGGUGUCUUGGGGCGAUGAUUGCGGCUUGUAUCCGGGGGUGUACACCAGGGUGGACAAACAUCUCGACUUCAUUUCGGGGAUUAUGGGGAAUAAACGGGCUUACAAGUCGGAUGCUAUCAGAGCGGUCCACCGUCAAGGUCGGUUUGCUGUAUUGGUUAUGGUGCUGCUUGGAAUAUGUAACAUAUAUAGAGACUUAUUUUCUACUGAGUAUCUAUAACGAUGAUGAGCAAGACUUGUGGGCAUUAUGGGGUCACUAAUAAAUCGUCUCAGAUAGUCUCUAAAUAUUAUUCUGAAUCUUUCCGUGUUCAAUGGUAUGAAAUAUGAUUCAUAGUCACGACUUCAGUUGAAAACUACCAGGAUAACGAUGAAAAUGAUAGAACACCCUAGUAAGUAACAACGGGAAAGAUGAAGAACUCCACUGUCCAAGGCAGAACUCGACUUCCACG